AGUGCCCUGAAGUAUCCUUACUCUUGUAUUCCUGCAGUUGAGCCGCGUCCCCUGAGCCCUCGCCACUGUACUGGAGGAACUAUGGAGCCCGGCGCCGGAGUGGGGGAGAAGUUUUUCAUCGUGGUCCGCGGCAAGUCGAGGAAAGGCUUCUGCCGGGGCUGCGUGGGCCGCGUGCAGGCGGAGCUGCAGCCCGGGGAGCUGACGGGGCUGCUGUACGGCAGCAGGGACAGCAACGCCGGGAGCCCCAAGAGCGGAGGCACCGUGAGGCGGGAGGACACGUACCCGCUGACCCGCCACCAGGCGCAGCUGCUGCUCUUCGUUUCCUCCGCGAGCAAACGCCUGGAGCUGCUGUGCAACCCACAGCUGUUCGCGGCCGUCUGCGAGGUGUCAUCGGGUGACCUGGUGUUGGUGAAGCACAAGAAGGGCCACUUGCCCGCGGUGGUGAAGAACCUGAUGCAGAUUGGGAAGAAGGAGGACAAAGGCGACCUGCAAAUUGGGAGGAAGGAGGACAAAGACUACCUGCACUUGAUCGGCUUCCAGGUGGAGUUUGUGGACAGUGAUCCCAAUCUGUCAUCCAAGAAGCCCCCUCCUCUCGCCCUGUUCAGUGCGUCAGACAUCAUCCAGGUGGUCCCGUCUUACUCCGUUCCCCCUGAUCUGCAACGGAAAGAAGUCCAAUCUGGGAGUUUGAACAGAACCGGGGUGAAGCACCUCAAUCCAACGCCGAAUACAGAAGCUCCUCCACGGCAAGUUAGAAAGAGCCGUACACGGCAGAGCAUUCAGAGCCGCCGUUCAAGCACACCUCUGGAGGUGGGCUCCAUGGUGGAGGUGGUGUCCAACUCGGGGCUCACGGUGUACGGGGUCGUCCAGUGGUUGGGGGUCCCAGAAGGGAAGACUGAUAAAUGGUCUGGGAUUGAAUUGGAGUACGAUGUGAAGGGCUGCUCUGAUGGGACUUGCGGAGGCCAGAGGUAUUUCACCUGCAAAGGUGGCAGGGCGUUGUUUGUUCCCGCCAAGAAGUGCAAACCUGACGGCAGGUUCGUCUGCACGUCGCCAGAAAAGAAGAACCUCAACCCCGACGACGCACCUCCAGUUCCUCCUUUUGAGGAGUCUGAGGAGGAUGCGCCUCCUAUUCCUGAAUCCGAGGCCUUGUCUUUGUUGGUGGGACGAAUGAAAGGGAUCCAGGGUCACAUCAACUCCUGUUACCUCGAUGCCACGCUCUUGAGUUUGUUCAGUACAUCCGUGACCCUGGACAACAUCUGCAGAAGAUCUGCUGACGCGGAGAAACCCGUAACCUGCACCCUGAGAAAAAUAGUCAACCGUUUGCGCAGACAAGGGUUUGUCCCUGCAGAGAGUGUCAUGAAUUUCCGCAAAGAGCUUGGCUGCGACACCUUCCGAACAGAGGAGAAAGACCCGGAGGAGUUCAUCACGGUCCUCUUCCAGAACGUGCUUUGCAUGGAGCCGCUGCUCAAGCUCAGAUCGGGCCAAGAAACUUGUCAGGGUGCCUACACCUUCCAGAUCUUUCUGGAAAAAGAUCAGAUGGGGCCGAUGCCCACCGUCCAACAGCUGCUGGACACAUCCUGCCUGUCGGGUGACCUCAAGUUUGAAGAGACGCCGUCCUGUCUCAUGGUUCAGAUGCCGAGGUUUGGAAACAAGUAUAAGAUGUUUUCUCACAUAAUUCCCUCCACUGAGCUUGACAUCACAGAUCUCCUAUACAACUCUCCAAGGGAAUGCUUCAUCUGUGGGCAUCUGGCUGAGUACGAGUGUCUUCAGUGUCUGCCAGAUCGCAAGCUGCAGCCAGGGAGGAUAAAACAGUACUGCUCUACCUGCAACGCACAGGUGCACACCCAUCCCUCACGGCAGGGUCACACCGCCAAAGCUCUCGUGGUGCCAGCAGACGCAGCCUCUGAUUCUCCGGUGCGCAGGCACACGAUGCAGCUGUUUGCUGUGCUCUGCAUUCAAACCAGCCACUACGUGUCCUUUGUCAAGUGCGGCCCCGACACUCACUCCUGGCUCUUCUUUGACAGCAUGGCAGACCGAUGCGGUGACGAUCACCGUGGCUACAGCAUUCCUGUGAUCCGAGCGUGUCCGGAGUUGGGUGACUUCCUGUCCCGGCCGGAGGAGGAGCUGGCUUGUUCUAACCCCUCCCAGGCGCCUGAGUUGGUGUGCAGGCUGCUGUGCGACUCGUACAUGUUUUUAUACCAAAACCCAGCCGCGCCAAUUUUGACGCCAAACCAGCAGGAGUCUUAGACGCCCGUGAGGCCGAGGACGUAGCGUUCCAAUAACAACGCCUUUAAUAACCUUGCCUCUGCACAAUCAACUGGAUUAUGGGUUUGUUAUUAGAAACGGAGGCUUCGAACAUCACGUAGGAAAGCGAUACGAAGAGAAGCCGACUAUGAAUGUAGUUUAAAGUUGAUGUAGAUAUGUAAGGAGAGAGAGAAUGUCAGUGGAACGGAGAUGCACUUCCUCCUGAAGUGUAAAACAUUCAACGAAGUAAGAAACAAUGAUUUUGAAGGACAGGGAAUGACCUCCACAUGCACGCAUGCGUUUGUUAAAAUGUAAUUGUAACACUGUACAUAUAUUGUUAUUAUACAACAAUCACAUUGUGUUUUAAUAUUAUUGUACUUUUCAUUUUUAUGUUUUGGGAACGUUUUUAUUUUUUAUUUUUUUACUUUCAUGUCAAUAAAGCCACAUUGACUUGAA